AAACAGUUGUUUCUAAUGUCGUUCUAACCAGUAUUGUUUGGAACGUUGAAGAAAUGCGUACACUGUGUGUUUUAAGUCUGAUCAGCUGCUUGGGCAUAGCCUUGAUCUCAACGAAGCCUUUAAAAGAAAAAAGCCACACGAAAGAGCAUAAAUUGUUUAAUAAAACAGAAAUAGAUAAAAUGAUGAAGGAUUUACUUUUACUAGAAAAAUUGGCCAAUGAAACAUAUUAUUCCACAAAUCCAACCACUCGGGAAACAUAUUUAAGCAAAGACCCAACUGGAGAGGAAACCAAGGACCCAACUUUGGAUGAAACCAAGGACCCAACAUUGGAGGAAACCAAAGAACCAACUGGAGAGGAAACCAAAGAACCAACUGGAGAGGAAAACCAAGAACCAACUGGAGAGGAAACCAAGGAACCAAUUAUUCAAACUGAUGAAAAUGGAGAGUUCUUUGUAGUAGAAGAGGAUGACGAGGACGAAGAUGAAGCCACUGUGGACAGACCAACUGAGACCAUACCUAAGCAAUUUCUCAGAUAUCCCGAACAUGAACCGGACUUUAAGCCCUAUCCAAGAUUUGCCAUCCUCAGAAAUGGUUAUAUGCUUCAUACAAACUUUAUGAACGAUUUUUAGUCUAUAGCUAUAUAUACUCUUAGACAUAACAUAUCAUAAAAUGACGUGUUCUUAACCACAA